AUGGCACUCGCGACUCUUCUCAACACUGCGGGUGCCAUGUUGAUAGCCGCAGUCGUCUACAUGGUCAGCAUCGGGUACCGGAGGCGCCUCCACAUCUACACAUUACACAAGCAGGGAGCUAUGCCUGCCGGCUGGAGCUGGUGGUUUGGCCACAUGCUUGUGUUAGACAAGAAGCUCCAGUCUUUACCACCAGAUGUAAACGUUUUCACGGCGAUGAAUGACUUUGUACAAGACCACGCAGAUUCUGAAGUCUUCAUUCUGGAUCUUUGGCCUGUGUAUCAGCCCAUGUUGAUGAUCAGUGGCCCAGAAGUCGCCACUCAAGCUAUGAAGUACGAUCUCUCCAAGCCGGCAGAUCAAGAGGCUUCGUUUCGCCCGGUAGUUGGAGGGCCUAGUCUGAUCAGUAUGAACAAAGAGCAAUGGAAAUUUUGGAGGUCGCUACUCAACCCAGGCUUUAGUGCGUCUCACAUGCUGAGUCUGGUACCGAGCAUUGUGGAUGCCAUGGAUGUCUUCUGUGAACUUCUGCAAGAGAACGUUGGAAACGGGGUUUUCGCACUGGACGACAUGGCAACACGUUUGACAAUGGAUGUUAUUGUUAAGACCUCACUUGACAUGGAUUUGGACGGCCAACGACACGAUCACAAGCUCGCCCACGCACUAAGAACCAUCUUACAUUGGCAUUCAUUCUGGGAUCCACGUAUCUUACUCAACCCACUUCGCAUUCCCAUACAAUGGUAUUAUAGUAGUGUCAUGGCGACGACGAUUGGUCACGAGCUGCAGAAGCGGUUCGACGAGAUGAAGAUAGUAAAGGCCACUACAGAGACUGUACCGAACCGUAAACAGAGAGUCAAGUCAGUCGCUGCCCUGGUACUGGAAGAAUACAUCAUCCGGAAGCAAGUAUUUACCCUAUACGAACCGCAUCCGUUCGAAACCAUGAAGCUAGACAAGAGCUUCGCCCAGAUCGCCGCUCAACAAAUUCGCCUCUUUCUCUGGGCCGGUAACGACACGACAGCGAGUGCAAUCGUCUACACCUUCCACAUGCUAUUCCAACAUCCUACUGUACUUGCCAAGAUGCGCGAAGAGCACGACACAGUGUUCGGUCGAGACAAGAACGCGGGCGAAGUAUUGCGCAGCAACCCUGCUCUUCUAAACUCCUGUCGCUACACCUCUGCGGUCAUCAAAGAGACAUUACGUAUCUACCCUCCAUCAGGUUCAAUCAGAGACGGCGCCCCAGGUAUCUCUUUGCAUGAUCGAAAAGGCACACCCAUAUCGACCGACGGCCUCGGCGCAACCGUCAUGCACAGCCACGUCCACACCAACCCCCGCAUCUGGUCAAGACCUCUAGAAUUCCUUCCGGAGCGUUGGCUCGUUGAAUCAGGUCACGAGCUUUACCCACCUUCUGGUGCGUUUCGACCAUUUGAGCUGGGUCCACGCAAUUGCAUUGGACAGACGCUAGUCCUCAAUGAGAUGCAUAUUGCGCUCAUCAUGACAGUCAGGAAGUUUGAUAUCGUCCCAGCUUAUGAUGAGUGGGAUGCUGCGAGACUUGGCAACGAGGGCUUGUACAGCAAGAUGCUGAGGAAGCUGGGCUUGGGGGGUAACGAGCAUAAGACUGUGUUAGGCGAGCGCGCAUAUCAGACCGCAAGAUCUGGGUUUCACCCCUCGGAUGGGUAUCCGUGUCGCGUGAAUCUUGCGAAGAGGUGA